GACAUCGAAAAGUCUUAAUUCUGAUUUAUUACUUACAAAUCUGUUGGCCCUCACCACAUUUACAUCUCAUCCAUUGAAAGUUAAAUACCAACCUAAAAGUCGAACAAAAUCAGAGACAACGGCGUACUUUAUUCUUUGUCGUACUCUGCGAAGAGCGGCUGCUAGAAAUAUCUUCAACCCAUCGCAAUUCCUUCGCAAUCGAUCCCUGCUAUUCCGAAAUUCGUCAUCCAGCCUUCGCCCUCCACCCAAAAUCUCGAGACUCUUUUCCACUUUUCCUCCAAACAAGAACAUACCACCUCCGAAUCACGAUCCGACGAUGACUUCCAAUCCUACCGCCCAGGUUAUUCCUGCGCAAACUCUCGACAAUUAUACCUUCCCAACCGAUCGCCUCAGACUCACCCAAAACCACCCCGAGAAGACUCCCUUGGUGUUGGUAGCCUGUGGUAGUUUUUCGCCCAUAACCUACCUUCAUUUGCGAAUGAUGGAGAUGGCUGCCGAUUACUGUAAAUUCAAUACAGAGUUUGAACUCCUCAGUGGAUAUUUCUCACCGGUAUCCAACUUCUACAAGAAGGCAGGCCUGGCAAGUUCGGAACACCGACUUAAUAUGUGCGAAUUGGCUGUACAAUCUUCAAACUGGCUUAUGGUGGAUCCUUGGGAGGCCUUACAAACAGAAUAUACCCCAACUGCCCUCGUACUCGACCAUGUCGAGCAUGAAAUAAACAAAGUGAUGGGUGGUGCUAUUCGUCCAGAUGGAUCUCGAGUACCUGUUCGCAUUGCUUUAUUAGCUGGGGCUGAUCUUAUCGAAACAAUGAGUAUUCCAGGAGUUUGGAGUGAGACGGAUCUUCAGCAUAUUUUGGGACAAUAUGGUACUUUCAUUGUUGAACGUACCGGCACGGAUAUUGAGGACGCCCUUGCAAGUCUCGAACAAUACAAACGCAACAUCUACGUCAUUCAACAACUUGUCACGAAUGAUAUUAGUAGCACAAAGAUUAGACUUUUCUUAAGGAAAGAGAUGAGUGUACAAUAUUUGCUACCUGCUCCAGUCAUCGAGUACAUCGAAGAGCAUCGCCUUUACGAAGAGGACGGCGCAUCAUCCAUCAGCGCAGGCAAAUCCAAGGCAGCAGAAGGGUCAGGCCGGGCAUCACCUGCAGUGGGAGAUUCAAAGCUCAAGAAUUAAGGAGGAGAUUUGUGAUUGCGGAAGAACUAGAGCGACAAGAACGAGUUAUGAUUAUACGAACCAGUUACAACUGGAAAGUCAUUAUUUUCGCCAGAUAAACAUAUCAUCUGGCUUUCAUAUCCAUGGCUUAACUUCCCAGGAAUACUGGCAAAGACCGAUUUCAUGCAUGUCAAAAAUUUGAUUGGAUACCGAUUUGGAAUAGGGCGGGCAUUUGAGCAUUUCAGCCGGAGUUUGAGGAGCGUUUUUGGGAUACGGUUUAAUUUAUCUUUUCACAAAUACUAGAUGACUGGCAAUUCAUGCCGUCGACAGCAUAAUGUUAUGAAGGACAUAUAGAACGAGUCUAUAGAGCUCCAUUACCAGCGCCACCAAAACUUUCCCUUC